AUGGCUACGCCGAUUCCUCUUUUUGUCCCAAACUUGCUCUGCUACUUGAGGAUAAUCUUGGGCUUCUCCGGCUUAUAUGUAUCCCAUUCAAUGCCAAUUCUGGCUGUAUUCUUCUGGGUAGCUUCUGCAAUUUUGGAUGCUUUUGAUGGGUAUUUCGCUAGAAAGCUUGAUCAGUGCUCAUCUUUAGGAAUAGUUCUUGAUAUUGUGGCUGACAACAUUUUGCGGACCGUGGUGUGGCUUGCCGCUGCCAUUCAAGAGCCGGCGUCGUAUAGCCUUGCAGCUAGUGUAUUUAUUUCUUUGGAAUGGACAACAAUGGUGUGCACUCAGCUGCAUGCUGUUGAAAGCAAAUCUCACUGGAAACAAUCUAGAGGGAAUGAUCCAAUUUUCGUCCGCAGUAUGUUUGCCAACAACUUUUUUUCUGUCUAUGGAGGAUUUUGCAUUUUUGGUCUAUUCACUGCCAAUAUCUUUGCGUACGCAACCCAUUAUCCUGUGUUUGCAAAUCUCAUUCCUUACUUUCAUCACUUGAAGUACGCCGCCUAUUGCGGCCGGUGUUGCACAGCUUUGGCCGAGUUGUGGCUUUGCAAGUCUUACGUAUCGCUUUUGAUAGACAGGGAUUUGAAAGCAAUGUCUGAUUAG